CGACUAUCGACCUGUCAUCUCCUAUCUCCUUCCUACCUCUUCUCCUCGCGUACUUUCUUUCUCUCUCUCGAGCAGACUUUAUCUACCCCUCUUCCUCAAGGCAUUUGUCGCCGUUCACACUCGUUAGACCGCCUUAGCUCUCUCUCUCGGAAUUUCUCUUCUCCGUCGCAUCCAGUGUCCACUUCCUGCCCCUGCACCGGCUUUUACUGUUUCAUUGCGUGUCGUGAGUUGGAAUAAUCCUCGGUGCUUCUAUAUCUGGAUAUACAUUUUCUUUCCUCUACGCUUCCUCUUGUCUAGCGAGUCUAGCUCUGGAGGAAAACUAGCGCCGAUUAAUCUACAUAAUUGAUCUACAUCCGUGCUUUCGUACCCGCCACGUACGAUUCAUUCCACCGACACACCGUGCAUGUCGACGUGCUAGCCUUUUCACCUGGCGUGGGCUCAUCGUUCCUUUUCCCUUCGUAGAUGAUGGCGCUGGGAUGGUUUAGGAGCCCUCGUCAAUGGGCGCUCUGGCUGCUGUUUGCUUCCUACGCCUGCGCCUUUUACAUUCCUGGCUACUCUGUCAAACGGUAUAAUGACGACGAACCGAUCCCCCUUCAGGUGAACAAGAUCUUCUCCGACCAUACCCAACUGCAGUAUGCCUAUUACAACCUGCCAUUCGUCUGUCCUCCCAGUGGGAGAACGCAUGGCGGUUCUCCCUUCGGCUCGGGCCAGAGUGUGUCGUUGAAUCUUGGAGAAAUCCUUCGCGGCGAUCGUAUUAUGACCUCCGAUUUCGAACUCCGAAUGGGCAAGAACGUGGAAUGUCAGGCGCUCUGCACUCAGGAAGUUGGGCGCAAGGAUGUUAAAUGGGGCCGACAACUCAUAAGAGAAGGAUACGUGGCCGAAUGGAUUGCAGACAACUUGCCCGGAGCAACGAAGUUUGUCACCGUCGACCGCAGUCGCAAGUACUACGCCACCGGAUUCAAGUUGGGCUUCCAGGACUACUCUCCCGUCGACGGAAAACAACGGACUUACAUCAACAACCACUUCACCAUUGUGAUUCGCUGGCGGUCAUCACCCGAAGGUGGUAAAUUUGUGAAUGGAUUUGAGAUCUAUCCGAAAAGUAUCCGGGCGGAAGACCAUGAAGAAGGUGGCUGUCCCAAACAGGUUCACGAGCACCAUGACGGCCUGGAGCUGUAUAUCCCCCCGAACACGUCGCGAUUGAAGGAAAUGUACCCGGGAUCGUCGUACAUCCCUCAGGACGAUGACGACGUUGACGAUGGAGCCACUCUCAAGGUCCCAUAUACGUACUCGGUCUACUUCAAGGAGGAGAAUGGCGUCGACUGGUCCAACCGGUGGGAUCUGUAUUUCAGCAACCAGGAUGAUGGCUCGAUGACGCAUUGGCUCGCAAUCCUCAACUCGUUGACCAUCUCCGGCGUUCUUGCCGUGGCCGUGUACGUCAUAUGGAGCCGGACUGUCCAAGGUGAUAUCAAGGGCCGUGGAGACGGGGCGAUGGACGAGGGUAAACUGAAGGCGCGCAAUGCAGCCAAGAUGAAAACCCUCGAGAGGAAGGGCGACGAACAGGGGGAUGACGUCGAACGGGACGCCGAGCUCUCCGAAGACGAAGCCCUCGAGGAUGUCAGUGGCUGGAAACUUCUCCAUGCCGAUGUCUUCCGAACGCCCGAGUACAGUGGCCUCCUUGCACCUCUCGUCGGCUCCGGCACGCAGCUCCUGUUCAUGGCCUCGGGGCUUCUCUUUUUGAGUUGCCUCGGCGUGCUCAAUCCCAGCUUCCGCGGCGGGUUUGUCAGCGUCGGCAUGGGCCUGUUUGUAUUCGCCGGUCUUUUCUCCGGUUAUUUCUCGGGAAGAUUGUACAAGACGUUCGGUGGUGUAAAUUGGAGAAAGAACACGUUAAUUACCGCUCUUUUCUUCCCGGGACUAGCAUUUUCCCUCAUUUUCAUCUUGAACCUGUUCGUGUGGGCUCAGGCCUCCAGCACGGCGAUCCCAUUCGGGACGCUGAUCGGUCUUCUCGCGUUGUGGCUGCUCAUUCAAGUGCCGCUGGUGUAUGUGGGUAGCUGGUUCGGCUUCGUCCGAACGACGGCAUGGGAACAUCCGACCAAGACCACGUCGAUUCCUCGUCAGAUCCCUCCGCAGCCGUGGUAUCUGCACAGCAUUCACGGCACGAUCCUGACCGGCUUAGCUCCGUUCGCAGUUCUGUUCAUCGAGCUCCUCUUCGUGUUUAAGAACCUCUGGCAGGAUAAGAGUGGAUACUACUAUGUGUUCGGGUUCCUCAGCGCCGUCUCCAGCAUCCUGAUUGUCACAGUCAGCGAGGUGACUAUCAUCGCCACCUACAGUCAGCUCUGCGCCGAGAACUACCACUGGUGGUGGCAAAGCUUCUUGACCGGCGGCAGCAGUGCCUUCUGGGUGUUUGCCUACUGCAUCUGGUACUACAUGUUCCACCUACACAUCACGGGAUUCGUGUCGAGUCUGCUCUUCUUCAGCUACAGUUUCCUCGCCUGUGCCGUGUACGGGCUCUUGACGGGGACGGUCGGAUUCCUGACGGCGUAUACAUUUAUCCGACGAAUCUACAGUGCCAUCAAAGUCGACUAAUCGACACCCUUCCUACCUACAUUCCCUCCUUACCCCAUUUCCCAUUGUUUCUUAAGAUAAAAAACCAGACCAUGCCAGCAGAGCUCCCAGCAUGCCUUCCUGUAUCUUAUAUACAUCAGCAGUUAGCGACCAGCAAUCCAAUUUCUCAC